AUGCCCCUCUACGCAAAGUUCCUGAAGGAGCUCAUGACAAUAAAAAGAAACUGGGGAGAAAAGGAGACUGUAGUCCUAACUGAGGAGUGUAGUGCCAUCAUACAAAAGAAACUCCCCCGGAAAAUGAAGGAUCCAAGGAGUUUCCAAAUCCCCUACAUCAUAGGGGAUAUCACUAUUAAAAAGGCUUUAUGUGACUUGGGGGCUAGCAUCAAUCUCAUGUCCUUGAACAUGAUGAGAAUGAUGAGAAUUGAGGAAGCGAAACCAACAAGAAUGACACUCCAACUAGCUGACAGGACAUUCAAGUUUCCACAUGGAGUGGUGGAAGAUUUAUUGGUGAAGGUGGGAGAAUUCAUAUUCCCAGCUAACUUUGUUGUGAUGGAUAUGGAAGAAGAGGCAAACACUUCAAUUAUCCUAGGAAGGCCAUUCCUAACUACUGCUGGAGCCAUCAUUGAUGUGCAAAAAGGAGAACUAGUCUUAAGACUACAUGAGGAAAAGUUGGUCUUCAACGUCUUCAAGGCAAUGAAUUAUCCCAAGGAAGUAAUAGGAGAAUGUAUGAUGGUGGACACCAUAGAACAAAUAGUCCAAGGAGUCUUGAAAGAAGAGCAAUAUGAAAGAAGUUUGGAAUUGGAGCAACAAACACCACGUGAAGAACCACCACAAGGAACCAUGGAAAGUUCAAUCAUGACAACCCACACAGACAACAAUGGAGAAGAGGCACCAAAACUAGAGCUAAACCCUACCUCCAAGCUUGAAAUAUGCCUAUCUAGCCCUUCGGUGAGCCCGGUACAAGUAGUUCCAAAGAAAGGAGGAGUCACUGUUGUACCAAAUAAGAAGAAUGAGCUGAUACCAACAAGAACAGUGACUGGUUGGCACAUGUGCAUCGACUAUAGGAAGCUCAAUGAGGCCACCAGGAAGGACCACUUCCCCCUACUAUUCAUGGACCAAAUGCUUGAGAGGCUGGCUGGACAUGAAUACUACUGCUUUUUUGAUGGUUAUUCGGGUUACAACCAAAUAGUUAUGGACCCAAAGGACCAGGAGAAAACUUCAUUUACUUGUCCAUAUGGUGUCUUUGCUUACAAGAGGAUGCCCUUUGGACUGUGCAAUGCACCUGCAACAUUCCAAAGCCAAUUUCAAGGCCAUGGGGAACUACCAACCAACAUCAAUAAACACAUGAGGAGAAAGCUUAUCAAAGAUGCCAAAUACUAUAUCUGGGAUGAGCCAUAUUUGUUUAAAAAGUGUACUAAUGGGAUCUUAAGGAGGUGUAUAUCCCAUGGAAAAGGACAAGAGGUGCUUUGGCAAUGUCAUGGAUCUGCAUAUGGAGGCCACUUUAGUGGAGAAAGAACAGCAGCCAAGGUGCUCCAAUGUGGAUUCUACUGGCCAAGCAUUUUCAAGGAUGCAAAGGACUUGGUGUCAAGGUGUGAUAAAUGCCAAAGGGCUGGCAAUCUACCCAUGAAUAUUGAGAUGCCACAGAGAUUUAUAAUGGAGCUAGAACUAUUCGAUGUAUGGGGGAUUGACUUCAUGGGGCCUUUCCCAUCCUCCUACUCAAAUAGUUAUAUACUUGUGGCUGUAAAUUAUGUGUCAAAGUGGGUGGAGGCUAUUGCCACUGCCAUAAAUGACAACAAGGUCGUAAUGAGCUUCUUAAGAAAGAACAUUUUCAGCAGGUUUGGAGUUCCCAGGGCACUCAUUAGUGAUGGAGGGACACAUUUCUGCAAUAAACAACUGGAAGCACUCCUUCUCAGAUAUGGAGUCAAACAGAAGGUGGCAACCCCUUAUCAUCCGUAG